GGGAAGUCAACGCUUUUUUUCCCUUAUCUCCUUCUUCUCUCCACCAAACGUUCUCCUCUCACUCACCUUUCCACAACUCAUCUCUACACUCACCGUCGCAAAUUCGCACAAGGGAAGUUUUCAAAAUGGCCGCAAGCUCUUCCCUCGACCACUUGUCCAACCGUAUGAAGCUGGAGUGGCACUCCAAGCUGAAUACUGAGAUGGUGCCGGCGAAGAACUUCCGCCGUACAUCCAUCAUCUGUACCAUCGGUCCCAAGACAAACUCCGUUGAGAAAAUCAAUGCCCUCCGCAGAGCCGGUCUCAAUGUCGUUCGCAUGAACUUUUCUCACGGUUCAUACGAGUACCACCAAUCAGUUAUCGACCACGCUCGGGAAGCCGAAAAGCAGCAGGCUGGCCGCCCCGUUGCCAUUGCUCUGGACACCAAAGGACCCGAGAUCCGUACCGGAAACACCGUAGGUGACAAGGACAUCCCAAUCAAGGCUGGCCAUGAGAUGAACAUCAGCACCGAUGAGCAAUAUGCCACCGCAUCCGACGACCAGAACAUGUAUGUCGAUUACAAGAACAUCACCAAGGUGAUUUCUGCCGGCAAGCUCAUCUAUGUCGAUGACGGUAUCCUUUCAUUUGAGGUUCUUGAAGUUGUAGAUGACAAGACCCUGCGCGUCCGAUGCCUUAACAACGGCAACAUCUCUUCCCGCAAGGGUGUCAACCUUCCCGGUACCGACGUAGACUUGCCCGCUCUUUCAGAGAAGGACAUCAGCGAUCUGAAGUUUGGUGUCAAGAACAAGGUCGACAUGGUUUUCGCUUCCUUCAUCCGUCGUGGCAGCGACAUCCGCCACAUCCGUGAGGUGUUGGGUGAAGAGGGCCGAGAGAUUCAGAUCAUCGCCAAGAUUGAGAACCAACAAGGUGUCAACAAUUUCGACGAGAUUCUGGAAGAGACCGACGGUGUCAUGGUCGCCCGUGGUGACCUUGGUAUCGAGAUCCCCGCUCCCAAGGUGUUCAUCGCCCAGAAGAUGAUGAUCGCCAAGUGUAACAUCAAGGGCAAGCCCGUCAUUUGUGCCACUCAGAUGCUUGAGUCCAUGACAUAUAACCCUCGUCCCACUCGUGCUGAGGUGUCCGAUGUGGCCAACGCUGUUCUCGACGGUGCCGACUGUGUCAUGCUUUCUGGAGAGACUGCCAAGGGUAACUACCCUUGCGAGGCUGUCACGAUGAUGUCUGAGACCUGCCUCCUCGCCGAGGUUGCCAUUCCUCACUUCAACGUCUUCGACGAGCUGCGAAACCUGGCCCCUCGUCCCACCGACACUGUUGAAUCCAUCGCCAUGGCUGCUGUGAGUGCCAGUCUUGAACUGAACGCCGGCGCCAUUGUGGUCCUCACCACUAGUGGAAACACUGCCCGUAUGAUCUCCAAGUACCGCCCCGUUUGCCCCAUCAUCAUGGUUUCUCGCAACCCUGCUGCUACAAGGUACUCCCACCUGUACCGUGGUGUCUGGCCCUUCUACUUCCCCGAGAAGAAGCCCGACUUCAACGUCAAGAUCUGGCAGGAGGAUGUCGACCGUCGCCUCAAGUGGGGUAUCAACCACGGUCUCAAGCUCGGUAUCAUCAACAAGGGCGACAACAUCGUCUGUGUUCAGGGCUGGCGCGGCGGUAUGGGCCACACUAACACUGUCCGUGUGGUCCCUGCUGAGGAGAACCUCGGACUUUCUGAGUAAAUCCAUUCAAAAGAAUGGCCUUCCUCGACGGAAGGCACAGCGGUACCGACGGCGAUCAAACAGUAGGCGUCGCUGUAGGGGCCCGGUCCGGUCCGCUUAGAUUUGAGCAACCUGAGGUCUGCUCUGCAACUGCCACAACGUCAUGAUCCGUGUUGGCCCGUAUCCCUGCGUCUGGCAGUAUGUCGGCGGCGAGCCGAAAGGGGCUUUUUCAUUCUCGUUGGGUAUAACACCCCCUGAUUAGAGAGGGCGGACGAACAUAGCCUGUAAUUUCGAAUUCCUGACUUGGCGUUAGUUAGCAAACCAUUGUUAGUGGUUCUCAUGAUGCAUGGUAUAAAAGCUAGAAUAAUAUUCAUCACACAGUUUCCUUAUAACAG